UCUUCUCUUCAGUCCCAAACUUCCUCUUCUUGAGAAAACUUUCCUUUCAUCACCCAUCAACAAAAACAAAAACCUAGUCUUUCCAUCUUCAACUCUUACAUUUUUAACCAGAAGAGCUUCUUUUUGCUUUGGCCCAUUUCAUCAAUGGCUUGUUUGGAGAUGAGUAAGGAGGGAAAGUUCAAAGAGAAUCAAGAAGAGUGCACUCUUGAUGGAACAGUUGAUUGGCAUGGUCAUCCUGCUAUUAAGAAGAAAUCUGGACAGUGGGUUGCUGGAAUUAUCAUCCUCCUGAACCAAGGACUAGCAACCCUUGCAUUCUUCGGCGUAGGGGUGAACUUGGUGCUGUUCCUCACAAGAGUUUUACAACAGGACAAUGCUGAUGCUGCUAAUAAUGUUAGCAAAUGGACUGGAACGGUCUACAUCUUCUCUCUUGUCGGUGCUUUUCUCAGUGAUUCCUACUGGGGAAGAUACAAAACCUGUGCUAUUUUUCAGGUUAUUUUUGUCAUUGGUCUGGUAUUACUGUCACUGUCUUCAUACCUUUUCCUGAUCAAACCAAAAGGAUGUGGUGAUGAAUCAACUCCAUGUGGAUCCCAUUCAAGCCUGGAAGUUGCAUUUUUUUACCUCUCUAUUUAUUUGGUUGCUCUCGGAAAUGGAGGAUAUCAACCUAAUAUUGCUACAUUUGGGGCUGAUCAGUUUGAUGAAGAGGACCCUAAGGAAGGGCACUCAAAAGUGGCAUUUUUUAGCUACUUCUACCUGGCAUUGAACCUGGGUUCCCUCUUCUCCAACACCAUAUUGGGUUACUUUGAGGAUGGAGGCAAGUGGGCACUAGGCUUCUGGGUGUCGACAGGCUCCGCCUUGGCGGCAUUGGUCUUGUUUCUUGGAGGAACAGCUAGAUACAGGCACUUCAAACCUUCUGGUAACCCUCUCUCCAGGUUCUGUCAAGUCAUAGUUGCUGCAACAAAGAAGUGCAGUGUCAAUAUGCCAGAAAAUGCAGAGGACUUAUAUGAUGUGGAUGGAAAAGGCUGCUCUGCAAAUGGCAACAGAAGGAUACUCUACACUCAUGGAUUCAAGUUCUUGGAUAGAGCAGCAUUCAUCUCAUCAAGAGAUAUGGAUGACAAAAGGCAGGGUGGUCACAACCCAUGGCGCCUAUGCCCAAUCACACAAGUAGAAGAAGUUAAAUGCAUACUGAGAUUACUCCCAAUUUGGCUCUGCACCAUAAUCUACUCGGUCGUUUUUACACAGAUGGCCUCUCUGUUUGUAGAACAAGGUGCUGCAAUGAAAACUACCAUCUCAAACUUCAGAAUCCCUCCUGCCAGCAUGUCUAGCUUUGACAUUCUAAGUGUAGCACUUUUCAUUUUCCUUUACCGUCGAGUUCUUGAUCCACUCGUAAGCAGGAUUAGAAACUCAAAAUCGAAAGGAUUGACUGAACUUCAAAGAAUGGGUAUCGGCCUCGUGAUAGCUAUAACGGCAAUGGUUUCAGCUGGGAUUGUGGAGUGCUAUAGACUGAAGUAUGCAAGAAGAGACUGCACACAUUGCCAAGGCUCAAGCACCUUGAGCAUCUUUUGGCAAGUUCCUCAGUACGCACUUAUCGGAGCAUCAGAAGUUUUCAUGUAUGUAGGCCAACUGGAAUUCUUCAAUGCACAAACACCAGAUGGAUUAAAGAGCUUUGGAAGUGCACUCUGCAUGACAUCUAUAUCACUAGGAAACUAUGUGAGCAGCUUGCUGGUGACAAUGGUUAUGAAGAUUUCGACUGUGGAUCACAUGCCUGGAUGGAUCCCAGGAAAUCUGAACAAGGGUCACCUAGACAGGUUUUACUUCCUCUUAGCUGGUCUGACAACUAUAGACUUAGCUGUGUAUAUGGCGUGUGCUAGGUGGUACAAGUGUAUCAAACUGGAAGGAAAAUCCAUGGAGAACGACGACGAGGAUGAAGACAAUUUCAAAGUCUGAUGUUUAGUAAACAUCAAACCGACAUCAACACCUAAAGUACCACCUUAUAUAAAUAAGAGGGAGGCACAGGGUAGUGAUGAGCAUUUUGCAGUGAGCUUCUAGUUGCUGUACUCUUAUCACCCAAGUGUCCAUGUUCCUAAAACACCUAAUUCUCCUGUUGAUUCUGUUUCUAGAGUUAGGUCUGAAUUGAAAUGGGUUUAAAGAGAGGUGGAUCAACUUUUGGUUUAAUAUCACCUCCCACUAAUUUGUUGGUUCUUACAAGCCAUUUGAGCUGUGCUUGUAAGUGAUUUCAUGUAAAAUAGAGUAAGCUCUCUUUGUAGAAUGCUGAAAGUUGCUUGUAUAUGAGAGCUGUUCUUUGAACAAUAAUAGAUCAAGUGCCUCCUUUCCUCUCAAA